UUUGACCCCGGCAUGCCCCCCAUCCCGCCGCCGGCGGGCAUGCCGCCCCCCAUCGGACCACCCCACCUGCAGAGACCCCCGUUUCUUCCCCCUCCCAUGGGCAACCUUCCGCCCCCUCCGGGGAUGCUCUUCCCUCCCGGGAUGCCGCCGGUCCCGACCGCCGCGGGCCCCGCGCCCAACCCCGCCGAGGAGAUCUGGGUGGAGAACAAGACGCCCGAGGGCAAGGCUUAUUACUACAACGCUCGCACCAGAGAGUCGGCGUGGACGAAACCGGAGGGUGUGAAAAUCAUCCAGCAGGCGGAGCUCAACCCCGUGCUGGUGGCAGGGACGGGCGGCGCGGGCAUCGGCUCCGCCGCCGCGGACGGCGCGGCCGCCUCGCCUGUUAGCGCGCCCUCCAGCGCCCCCCCGUCCUGCACGCUCAGCUCCAGCCCGGACCCCAGCGCCACCUUGGCCCCCUCCGUCACCAUCGCAGCGGCCAGCAUCGUCGCGGACCUGGCCCCUCCCGCCGCCGUUGCCGCGGCCAGCUCCUCGGUGACCUCGGCCGCCCCGGUCGCCGUGGUGACGGCAUCCGCGGUGCCAUCCCCCGUCACCGCCGUGCAGACGGUGCCGCUGCUGCCCGCCGCCCUGCCGCACAGCGUGGCCCAGCCCGCCGCCGCCAUCCCGGCCUUCCCGCCCGUCAUGGUGCCGCCCUUCCGCGUGCCCUUGCCGGGCAUGCACAUCCCCCUGCCAGGUGUAGCAAUGAUGCAGAUAGUUGGCGCUCCUUGCGUAAAGGCGGGCCCCGGCGCCAACGGAAUGCUGCCCGGCAUGGGGCCCCCCCUGGUGUCCAUGAUGCACCCCCAGUUGGCGCUGUCGGCGGCGCCCGCCGCCGCGCUGCAGCUGCCCGAGUGGUCUGAGUACAGGACGGUGGACGGCAAGACGUACUACUACAACAACCGCACGCUGGAGUCCACCUGGGAGAAGCCGCAGGCCGUGCUGGACAGAGAAAAAGAAGCGCAGAGGGCCAAGGAGCGGCUGGCGCAGGAGGAGGCCGAGGCCAUGGAGAUGGAGGAGGAGGAGGCCAAAAUUCUCAGCAUGAACGACAAGCAGGAGCGCAAAGAGGAAGAAAUGAGCGAGGAAGAGAAGGCGGCCCAGAAAGCUCGUCCGGUGGCCACCAACCCCAUCCCGGGAACGCCCUGGUGCGCGNGCGACGAGCGCGUCUUCUUCUACAACCCCACCACUCGGCUGUCCAUGUGGGACCGCCCCGACGAGCUGCAGGGACGCGCCGACGUGGACAAACACAUCCAGGAGCCCCCGCACAAGAGGGGCCCGGACGACGCCAGGAGAACAGUUUUCAGCAAGGAGGAGCCCGAGGCGUCCCCGGCCGCCGACGACGCCCACGACGAGGAGCCCUCCAAAGCCAAGAAGAGAAAGAAGGACGACGCCAACGAGGCGGACUCGGAGAAGGAGGCGGUGAUGGAGGCGGAGAUCCGGGCGGCCCGCGAGAGAGCCGUGGUGCCCCUGGAGUCCAGGAUGACGCAGUUCAAGGACAUGCUGCUGGAGAGGGGGGUGUCCGCGUUCUCCACGUGGGACAAGGAGCUGCACAAGAUUGUCUUUGACCCUCGAUACCUUCUGCUCAACCCCAAAGAACGCAAGCAGGUGUUCGACCAGUACGUCAAGACCAGAGCGGAGGAGGAGAGGAAGGAGAAGAAGAACAAGCUGAUGCAGGCCAAAGACGACUUCAGGAGGAUGAUGGACGAGGCCAAGCUGACGGCCAGGACCACCUUCAGCGAGUUUGCCGUCAAACACGGCCGAGACCCUCGAUUCAAGAGCAUCGACAAGAUGAAGGACAGGGAAGCCAUCUUCGUCGAGCACCUGGCGGCCCUGAGGAAGCGAGACAAGGACGACUCCAAGUCCCGAGGGGAGAAGGUGAGGCAGGACUUCUUCGAGAUGCUGAGCGACCAGCACGUGGAAGGAGGCCAGCGCUGGAGCAAAGUCAAGGAGAGGAUGGAGACGGACCCCCGCUACAAGGCGGUGGAAAGCUCCGCCCUCAGGGAGGAGCUCUUCAAGCAGUACCUGGACAAGCAGGCCAAGAGCCUGGACUUGGAGAAGGAGCGCGAGCUGGAGCGCCAAGCCCGCAUCGAGGCCAGCCUGCGGGAACGCGAGCGCGAGGUCCAGAAGGCCCGAUCGGAGCAGACCAAAGAGAUCGACCGCGAGCGGGAGCAGCACAAGCGGGAGGAAGCCAUCCAGCACUUCAAAGCGCUCAUGUCCGACAUGGUGCGCUCGUCGGACGCCACGUGGUCGGACACGCGGCGGAACCUCCGCAAAGACCACCGCUGGGAGUCGGCCUCGCUUCUGGAGCGCGAGGAGAAGGAGAAACUCUUCAACGACCACGUGGAGGCGCUGGCCAAGAAGAAGAAGGAGCACUUCAGGCAGCUGCUGGACGAGACCACCGCGAUCACGCUGACGACCACGUGGAAGGAGGUCAAGAAGGUCAUCAAGGAGGACCCUCGCUGUAUCAAGUUCUCCUCCAGCGACCGGAAGCGACAGCGCGAGUUUGAGGACUACAUCAAAGACAAGUACAUCACGGCCAAAGCCGACUUCAGAACCCUCCUGAAGGAGACCAAGUUCAUCACGUACAGGUCCCGCAAGCUGAUCCAGGAGUCGGAGCAGCACCUGAAGGACGUGGAGAAGAUCCUGCAGAACGACAAGCGCUACCUGGUGCUGGAGUGCGUCCCCGAGGAGCGCCGCAAGCUCAUCAUGUUCUACAUCGAGGACCUGGACCGCCGCGGCCCGCCCCCG